UGCGCCGUUUGCCAUUGGCGAGGGGGGCCAGAGGCGGGCCCCGGGGCCACGCCCGGUUCACUGACUCACUUGCACAAGCCCAGGCUGCACUUCUCCUUUUCAAAUGUCACCACUUCCCCACCCUGCUCUGACAGGGCUGCUCAGGGCAGCCCUCGCCUUCUGCACAGCUUCUGGGGACCUCAGCUGGAGCAUGGCCGCACACCCUCAGCUGGCCCGGCCUGCGGAGACGUUGCCCAGGCUGCAGCCAGGGCUGGGUCCGCUGCGCCUCAGCCUGGCCCUGCCAUCCCCAUGAAGCUGAGGACACGGCUCCCCCGGGGCAAAGGCACCGCUUCUCCCUCCAGCUCGCCGGCCAGGGCCCGUCUCUGAUGCGGGCCAUGUCGCUAGCCGCCCACCCCGCCGAGCUGGGGUUUGAAUUUGCCAGCAGCAGCUUGGAGGAGAUAUCCCAGCUCGAUGGCCCGCUGGCGUUCCCAGCCCCGCUGGAGGAGCCGCUGCGCUGCGCAGACCUGCUGUACGUGUAUUCGGGGCUGGAUGUGGAUGAGGCGCCUCGGGGGAUCAUGGCGGACGCGCUGCUGGAGAGCCCCGAGCUGCAGCUGGUCGGGGACGGUGUCCCGGUGCCUGGUGGGUCACAGGAGGGUGACGCCGAGCAGCCGUUACCCCCCAUGGCAGCUGGUGAGGGCCUGCUCUGGGUAGAGUCACCCAACAACAUCUUGGAUGAGACGCGCCUGCUUGGAGGCAUUAGGGCUUCCCUGGACACAGGGGAAGCCAGCGGCCUGCACGGGUGUGGGGAGGAGGAGACUCUGGGGACGGGCUCCCCCAGGGAGCAGCCAGGGAAGCCGCCCAGGAGGAAAGGUAAGCGGGUCCCCUAA